CAGUUGUUUGUUAUUCGUUGAUGUGACGGUCGAGGAAAAUUUAAUCACGACUUUUUCUGACUUUAAAUAAAGAAAAAUUGCAAUUGACAUAUUAUCAGUGAUAUUUAACAUUUCAUGAUCGCAUAGAAAAGUGCAGAAAUAUAAACACAAUCAGGAAAAUGUGCUGGAAAAUAAGAAUAUUGUGAUCUCAAUCUAAAUUUUUCACUUUUUUUAUAAUCAAUACAUACAUAAAGAAAAGUUUAACGAAAACAAGAAAAUGGAGGAUUAUAAAUUCUUGUUCAAAGUGGUAUUAAUUGGAAAUUCUGGUGUUGGCAAAACAUGUCUGGUUCGAAGAUUCACUCAAGGAGUUUUUCCCAAAGGACAAGGUGCAACAAUAGGAGUUGAUUUUAUGAUUAAAACAUUGGAGAUUGAAAACAGUGCUGGUCAAAGAGAGGCUGUAAAGUUACAAAUUUGGGAUACAGCAGGUCAAGAAAGAUUCAGAUCAAUCACACAAUCCUAUUAUCGUAGUGCUCAUGCUUUAAUUCUUGUCUACGAUAUUUCCUGUCAACCAACGUUUGAUGCACUCUCCGAUUGGAUUCGAGAAAUACAAGAAUAUGCAAAUCCAAAAGUAUUAAAAAUUCUUGUUGGAAAUAAAACAGAUCGUGAUGAUCGUGAAAUUCCCAUGAGAGUGGGUGAAGAAUUUGCAAAACAACAUGAAAUGUAUUUUCUUGAAACAUCAUCAAAACAGGGAGAAAACGUUGAACGUUUAUUCUAUGAAAUUGCAGCAGAGCUUAUUGAGCAGGCACGUCAAAAAGGUGGAUUAUCAAGAAACCAUCACGAUUCUAGUGUUACAAAUUUAGGAAUUAAGAAUAAUUUAGGGAAUUUCCAAUCGAAUUGCUGCAGCGGAUCUGGAAGUAAUAAUAACUGAAAGCAUUUUUUUCAAUAGCAAUUCAACCAUUACUAAUCUGUGUAACUUUAAUUUGUCAUCCAUCGAUCAUUAUUCGGGGAACAAUUUAUUGAGUAUAAAUACAAUUUUUGGUAAAUUUAUAAAGAGAAUCGAAGCAGAGACGUUGCCUAACAACUCAUUCCAGUGGUUUUAAUUUAUUAUUGAUAAUCAAGAAGUGUUCACGAUCAACACUUUUAUAUUUUUUUAAUGCAACUUUCAAAGCUUCCUUUCAUUGUCUUUUUUUUUGUUUUGUUUUUAGUUAAAUUUUUUUUUGUUAUAAUAAAGAAAGAGAAAAGUUUAAUUAACUUCUCUUCUGUCACAAAAAGAAAAUCGUCAACGCGAUAAAAUCAAACAUUUGAGUCAAGGAAAUGAUAAACUUCAAUUUAAAAUGCCAAAUAUAUGAAAUGUGACGUAAAUUGUGAAAAUUUCUUUAAUAUAUUUUAUUUUAUUUUGAACAUUAUUUGCAUUGAAGACAUACUGAGACUGUAUGUUUAAUAAUUUUUAAUAAAAUAAUUAAUAAGAAUUCUUAUUUGAAUAUUUUUUUUAUUUUCUUGAUUUCUUCUUUCGAUCCAUUGAAUUAUUGCUUGAACUGCUGCUGCUGCUACUGGAUCGCUUUUUUCGAUGCUUUCGUUCUUUUUUCGAAGAUUUCUUUUUAUGAUCUCGAUGGGAUUUCUUUUUUCUCUCAUCACGCGAUUUAUCAGAAUUAUUUGAGCGGCUUCUUGACCUACGUUUUCUAGAAUGUCGUGAUGGAGAAGGUAAGCGAUUUCGUUUAGGUGAAAAUCUUCUUCUUUGGCGAUCUCUUGAUCGUGAUCUUGAUCGCCUUUUAUUGACGGGUGAGAAAUCUCUUCUCUGAUCGCGAUCUCUACGUCUGUUUGUCAUAUUUCGAUCGUCAUAUCGAUUUCUAUCUUGUCUUGAGUCUUGUCUUCUUGAAUUAUUUCUACCACCAUCCGAUCUUUGAGAUAGAAAUUUCGCAUCACGAUCAUAAAUUGUAUAAUUUCCUUUUCCACGCCACUUAACUUUAGUUACAGAUUGUGAAAAAUCUACAUGAACUCUUCGAUCGUCUAUCAACGCCAUAUCCAUAGAGAAGUAAGCUUGUUCGCAUGAGUUUGUGUUUUCGAAUUCAACGAAUGCAUAUUGUAAAGAUUCACCAGAAACUUUAUCUCGAAUAACUUCGCAUGAUUUGACUUUUCCAUAUCGUCCAAAAAUGAUUUUCAAGUCAUCUUCAGUUGUGACAGGAUUAAGUUUGCAAACAAAGAGGACAUUUUCAGGUGGUGCAAUGUCAGCGUCGGGUAUGUCACCAACAAUCUCUAAAAUAGUUGCACGAGCCUUAGCUUCUCGUUCUUGAACCAUUUCUAUGACUUCAGCUUCUGUCUUUCCUUUUGCAUCGUCGAUUUCUUCAUCAGCAGCGAUUCUUCCAUUUUUCAAACGUUCAGCUGAUGGUGACGGACUUCUACUGGGUUGACGAAAUCCUCGUGGAUCAGAAAAUGGAUCAUCCAAUACUACAGUGUGCGUUAUUCUUAUAUCUUUAAAUGGUCGAAAAUUCUCAUCCACAAUUGUUUCGUUAAGUUGACGUAAAACUUCAUGUCCUUCCACAACUUCGCCAAUCACACAAUGAAUGUUAUCCAAAGAUGACAGGUCAGGUCCCAAAGUGAAUAGGAACUGAGAUCCAAUAAAGCUCUUCCCAUCAGACACCAUACUAGAAGAAUCCCGGUUCACUAUGAAGAAUCUUUGGAAUAUUUUCAGCUUCAAAGAACCGUUCACUGGGACCGUGAAUGACACCCCAAAAUGACUCUCCUUUAUCUCCAUCACCUGUUGGAUCACCCGUUUGUGCUAUGAAGUUUUGUUGGAUUGUGUGGAAUAAAUUAAAAUUAUAAUAUUUCAAUUUACAAAGUUUCAAGAAAUUAAGACAAGCUUUCGGUCUUUCUUUCAGAAACAAGUCGACAGUUAUGUCACCUAUAGUCGUUUCAAUGACUACUGACAUUUUUCAAAUAAAUACUCUUUAAUUAUAAUGCAGAAAUCGAUUUUAAACGCGAUGUAAACAAUAGAAAUGAACACAAUCAGAAAAGUUCAAAAUGAAGUUCAAAAGUUGACUACAAUUUAUUACCAACAACCCUUUGAAUUCACACUUACGUACCCUCCGUGCAAAAAAUUUCACAUUCCAACAAAAAAAGAUGGAAAGGGCAAAAUAUUUAAAAUACAUUUAAAAUCAAUGUUAUCAAAUGAAAACAGUGCUUCGCAGGAAAUGAACGGAAACGAAGAACCAAUUGAGAUUAAAGUCGAGCCGGAAAUUCACGAUCUUUUGCCAUUUGAAGAUUUCGAUAUCGAUCAGUUUGUUGAUUAUCUUCAGAACGAUGAAGAAAUCGCAGGCAAUAAUCUCCAUCUGAAUGAAUCGUCACCAUCGCCGAAUCAUCAAUCAGGAUAUGUAAAUAAUUUCACACAUGAAGCAACUACGCAAUCAACAUCCGAGAAAUUCUUUUACACAUGCACUGUGUGCAGGGAGAUAUUGGGCAACAGCCAGGAAUUGUUAAAUCAUGUGCGAACACAUACAAGUAUGAAAGUUUAUAAUAGCGAGAACAGUCGAAAGAAUUCUCAUGGACCAAAAUGCAGCAUUUGUCAUCGAAAAUUUAGCGAUCUUCGAAAUCUAUCAACACACGAGAAAACCCAACAUUUGCCACCUUUCAAGUGCCGAUUUUGUGGUGCAAUGUUCAGUUUAUUGAAGUAUUACAAGGUCCAUCUGAACCUCCAUUCAAAUCAAAAACACCGCAGCAACGUACGCGUACCUGAAAGUAAAAUGAAUAACAAUAAGCAGUGGAAUAAAUCGAGUACUUCUAACUACAGAUCGUUAGUACAAACAUCCAAUCAAGGCCUUUCAUCGCAGCUCAAUCAACAAACGAAGCAUCAUCUACCGCAGCUAUUACGUUGCAAAUAUUGUCAUAAGCAAUUUUCAAAACUCUCCAGCUUCAAGAAGCAUCAAAUGCUUCAUGAGACUGUUGAGGAUCGAUCAAGUGUUCAAGUUAAUCCUGAAUUGCAAAGCCAAAGCAUAUCACGAACAAGCAACGAGUUCUCUCAUGUUAAUCAGUCGUCAUCAUCGUCACUAAAUAAAUCAGGAAGUCUCACUUUGACUCCAUCGCUUCUUUCAAAUCUCAAUAAGCUCGCAAACCUCAGUUCAACAGAUUCUCGUGAUGGAAAGAAGCCAGCAAUCCUUAUCAACAUCAAUACAAAUGAUCCAUCAAUGAAAGAUGAUUGUUCAUCGAAAUCACAAGAAAUGCCAGUUGGAAGCAAUAAUUCUGGACUUAUGAUUAGUUCAGUUUCGACUAUGGAUAAGAAAUGUUACGAUAAAAAUUUACAAAAUCCAGCAAAAGCAACUGUCAUGAUUCAAAAUGGAAAAAAAGCAAUUUCUCUGUCCGAUCUUCAAUGUCCGAUUUGUAAGAAAAUUGUUUCUCAACCAUUCAGUUUAAAAAUUCAUCUUCGAACACAUACAAUGGAGAGGCCUUUUACAUGUACAGUGUGUGGUAAAAAAUUCAGUCAAAGUUGCAAUUUGAAAACACACAUGAAGACACAUUCGAUAAAACGUCCUCAACAACAGCCAAUGCAGUGCAAUAUUUGCAAUAAAGUUUUUUCACGCGCAUCUUCUUUAAAUUCCCAUAUGAUUUCUCAUACAGCAAAGCUUUAUUGCUACGCUUGCAAUAUAAACUUUGAAGACGAUGUUUUAACGUACUCACAACACAUGCAAUCACAGCAUCUCGUAACAAUGACGAAAGAUUGUAUGAGUCGUACAAGAAUAAAUUUACAACAGCAACAAAAUGAAAGUCAAUUGCAUCAUCGCAGUAAUGAGUCACUGGCUUCUAUCGUAAAAGUAGAACCGAACGAGACUUUCCACACAGAGGAUAAACCGCAACAAAGACUUAUGGAAGUAUUUCAAGUGCAAUCAUCAUCCGUUACUAAUGGCCAAAUACCAAAAUUGAAGAUAACAAUAAAGAAGGAACCGAUGCAAGAAAAUAAUUCAGACGAUCCACCCAAACAUGAUGAAAAUGAUGAUGGAAAUGAAAGCGAUUCAAGUUCAUCUUCAGAUUCAUCGGACUCAUCAAGCAGCUCUUCAAAUAGCAGCAGCAGUAGUUCUUCCACUUCGUCAGACUCCAAAGACGAUCAAGACAAUAAGUGAACCUUUUGAAAAUAAUAACUUAACAUAAAAAUAAUAAUUAGACAAUACUCGACAUGCAUCCAUCAUAUCAAUAACAAUAAUUACACCACAAAAACAGUCAUUUUGUGCUUAGCGCAAUGCUCUAUAAAGUAUACGUUAAUUAUAGUAUAAUUUUCAGUUUUAUACUAUCCUUAACAAUCAAUAAUCCGAUGAUGAUGAUGGGUAGGUUUGGAAAUUUUUGAUUUUAUUCUUGAAUUUUGAAUUUCUGAUUAAAUACAGUGAACUUUUGAUUUAACACACUAUCGAUGCAGCAUUUCUCUCGAUAAUACGUCGCUUCUUGCUAGCGAAAUCUGUAGUAAAACGUUGUUCUCUCGAUGCAACACUUUCUUCGGUCCCUUGGCUAUUGUUAUAUCAAGACUUCACUGUAUUUACAUAAAUCUAUCCACACCAGACUUAAACUAUCAAACUAUUCUGCUGAAUCUCCUUAAAAACUUCAACAAAAUAUCUUGCAAUAAAAGAAAGAAGAAAAACUUAAAGAAAUAAUUAAAAUUAUUAAAAUCCUUUGGUACUUAUAAAGUUACGAAUUGACUGUUAAAACUCAGGAAUUAGGUGAAAGAUUUUAUUUAGAAUUCUUUAUUUUCACGUUUUACGAUAAGAAUUUUUGAUUUUUCUUUGUUUGGUUGGAAAUUUGUUUCAAUGGUGUGUAAAUAUUGAUGAAUAGAACCAAAUCAAGCCUCCUUUUAUAUAUCUAGAAUGAAUUGAUGUUAGACAAAUUGGUUGCGAAAUAAACAGACGAAUCCUUAGAUAUUUUCUAUUCAUUUCCAUGCUGUUGUUACGCAACAUUGAAAUUGAAUUUUUUUUAUUCUUAUCGAACAAAGUGUAUCGAAUAAAAAAGCUAACUAAACAUGUUACAUCGUUGAUAAAAAAUUUAUUGUUAAUCUUAUUCCUCAAAUGAAUAAAGUGAAACGUAAAUGAAAA